GCUCCACCCACAGGGCUGCUCUAUAUGUAUGGGGCCCAGUGCAGCUCACCCACCAUCCCCGAUUUCCAGGACAACCAGCACUGUGUUCUCACAGGAGCUCAACAUAGACUGGGAAACAUGGGUGUGACGCUGCUUGAGUCCCGACUUUGUCUCCUGCUGCUGUUGGGACUUGUCAUAAUGGUUGUCUCAUUCCGGCCCCCACCGGGUUUAACCCCUUCCCAGUGGUUUGAAAUCCAGCAUGUAAAUAACAGAACCACCCUCCUAUGUACUCCUGCAAUGCUGGUAGUUAACCGUUAUACAGGACGAUGCAAGGGACAAAAUACUUUUCUUAACACAACUUUUGCUGCUGUCGCUGGUGUGUGUGCCAGGCGAAGUACUAAUUGCACAAGGGGUCCGGGUACAAAUUGUCAUAACAGUUCAGCUCCAGUAUCUUUAACUUACUGCAACCUCACGAGUCGAGGAAGCCAUUAUACACAAUGCCGAUACCAAACUUCACCAGCAACGAUGUUCUACAGAGUUGCUUGUAACAAUAGAACGCCACAAGACAACGGCUCCUACCCAGUGGUUCCCGUUCACUUGGACGAUAUAUUUUAGCUCCAGCACCGGCACCUUGUACCUUCAUCUGCUGCCUCCAUGACCGCAGUAGGGAAGAGUCCCUUUCUGUGUCUGUGCCGUCAUCCGCAUCUGCCCUGGGAAGCCUGUCCCCCAUCACUUUCAAUUAAGCCCAACAGAUCUUUUCUAACCAAUAAACAGCUUUGCAUACUCA